AUGAAUUCCAUACAUCAAUCUUAUCCCAGUGCCAUUUAUAAUUUAUUAAAGAAAGCUGCUAAGGUAAAUGAAUUGGAAGAAGAAGUUGAAGCAUUGAAGGUAGAGUUGGAAAAAAGUGAUGACAGAAUAGAAGAAUUGGAAGAGAGAGUAGAUAUUGAGGUUGAAAUGAAUUUAAAAGCAUUAGACAAGUCAGCAGAAUGGAGGGAAAAACAACUAAAAGAACAAAUUAUUAAAAAAUACAAAGAUAGAGAAUUACCAGCCUUACCUAAAAAGCAAAAGCAAAGCAGACUAUUAAAAUUCAAAAAGUUAGUAAACAAAGUUAAAGAAAAGAGCAAGAAGAAGUUUCAAACUCAUGUUUUGGAAAAGUUUGAAGCUCAUAUCUUACAACCAAAUGACCAAACCAACCUUGAUUUUAGCACUGCUCCUGCUGCCUAUCAGAUGGUAGCACAUACCAAGUCAGAACAAUACUUUGAUAUAUCCUUUAUCUGUAAAGAUUGUAAAUUGGAAUAUGAUAACAAUGUUCUCCCAAGAUGUGAGAAAUGUGAUAGGUUAAUGAGAAAUAAGAGUCUAUGUUAUUGUCAUAAAGAAAAAAAGAAGCAAACCCAAUCUCUUACUAACAGGGAAUUAGUUGCCCAAUCUUUCAGUUUUCGCCUAGAAAGCAGCUGGGUGCUAAAAUACGAUACAGGAGAAUACUUGGGCCAGGAGCUAUUUGAUUUUGAGAAUGAAAUGACCGGUGCAGUUCAUUUACCAGUUAAUAAAUCAGAACUUGAUGCUCUUUUGAAAGUUCCAGCAGCAACUUCAGGUGCUCCAGAAACUAUCCUCCCCUAUCAUGUCCAUAAUAUACUUGGGAAAAGGGGGUGGAAAACUGCUAUUGGAUAUGGAGCACCUGCUUGA